UGACGUACAGCACACACGAGACAAAAUGGCGACAGAAAGUCGUCGAAGACUUAGUUACUUCGACAUGAUUUUAGUGAUAUUUCUGAUUUAUUUGUGCAUCGAUUUAAGUGAAGGUUUAAGGUGCUUUUGUAGUCCAUGUCAUGAUGGUAUUGAUGUGAAUGAAACAUGUCUUGCCCCUCCAAACAGUAUGUGUUUUGCCUCAAUACAGGCAAUAUUUGAGAAUGGGGAAAGAAUACACGAGCUUGCAUAUGGCUGUUUACCAAGUUUUGAAGGCGGAACAACAAUGCAGUGUAAAGCCAACUUGGUACCACAUAGAAUGCCGACAGCCAUAGCAUGUUGUGAUGAUGAAGAUCUAUGCAACAGAGGUGUUGUUCCUAUAUAUAAUGAGAUAUCAACAACUCCCGGUCCAGAUUAUGAGCCGAAGGAGUACAAACGUUAUGAGAACCUCACACAGAUUGCGUUGCUGGUGUCAGUCUCUGUCUGUCUUAUAGUCCUCAUUGUAACAGC